UCUUUUAGAGAAAAAGUGCAAAUUUCGCUGCCCAUUAUUUUUAUAUAUCUGUUUUCAUAACGGUGUACGGUGGUUCUUCAAGUUUCCCCAACAGAAUCAUAAACAUCGACGGUUGCCUCCACUGAUUUUGGUAUCGUCAGCUAUGAAUACGCGAAGAGAUGUGCGUGGAAACAGAGCUGCUCUAUUUGAUGAAAUUGAAGAUGGUGGAAUUAGAGCCUCAUCUUCUUACUCCUCCCAUGAAAUUGAUGAACAGGAAAAUGAUAGAGCAAUGGAUGGGCUGCAAGAUAGGGUUCUUAUGCUGAAAAGGUUGACAGGUGAUAUCCAUGAAGAAGUAGAAGGUCAUAACCGCAUGUUGGAUAGAAUGGGGAAUGAUAUGGAUUCUUCAAGAGGUCUACUCUCUGGUACAAUGGAUAAAUUCAAGACGGUAUUUGAAACAAAAUCAAGCAGAAGGAUGUUUACACUUGUGGCUUCAUUUGUGGUGGGUUUUUUGGUGAUAUAUUAUCUGACUAGAUAAAUAAUUUGGGAUUCAGAAUCAGAUGAGAACCAAAAUGAAUGUUGGAAUGUUGGAAUUUGCAAGUGGUUGUUUGUGUAAAGAAAUCCGGAUGAAAUAGAGAUUUAUUUGUGUGCUGUGUUGUGGGUUUCAAGUUUGAGGAUAAAGUAUAUCGACUUUUGACUGUUUUGUACUUUGUAUAUGUAAUCUGUUGGCUUCUAUUGUUUAUUUUUUCCAUCA